UUCGCGACAUGUAUUCUUACCCGGAUUGCUAUGGAUCAUGCAAAGGGCUCCCCUGUGCAGGUGGACUGGCAGGCUGAUUCCUACUGGCGCACUCGUCGUCUGUCUCCUGCCCAGAUCCAGGUCCACGACAUACGCCUGGAAGGAUUGAGGACCGAUGUUGGGCCUAUGCUGGAGAUGAAGGAAAUUUACUCGUCCACACUACUUCCUGAGUUAGAAGGGCGAGACAAACUAAUCAACAGUCUCCCUUUAGAAGAAGCUACGAAGAACAAGAAUGAGCAAAGUCACCUGCGAUCGCUAGCUACUGAAUAUGGCUGGAUGAACUGCCUUCGCAGUAGAGGGGUCCAGGAGUCUAUUUACGAUCCUCCCGAGUAUCGAAAAAGCAGAUGGAUACACAUCUCGAGCAAGUACUCUGACUAUCUAUCAGGGUGUCUACUGGCGCUUUCAGACUGGAGUAAGAAUCCUUCCGACAUUGUGGCAGCCCUCCAUCAGCUGGAUCAUUGCGUCUAUCAAAAUGAACGAUUCUCGAAGCAUGGUAGAUAUUUCGCGCCCUUUUUUCAAGAGCUUCUCAAAAAAGAACAUGGUGGCUCACAAGAUGAUGGAGAAGAAGGACCUAUGCUACUCAGCGUACCGUUUAUGGAUUGGACGGUUGAGGGCCAGACGCCUCCAUUACGAUUCCAAGUAGAUCCUCGCGAAGGUUACCAAUCUAGUAAGACGUCGUCGCAUCUUCUGAGGUCCAUCUUGCAGCAUUUCUAUCGCUUGGAAGAUACCACAGAUCGUGAGCCUUUGCAAGUGUUCACCAAACAUAGGCCCUGGCUGACUGACCGGUCGUUGGAUCUGAAAGUCCGACGUUGGUACGGUCACUACCCAACAGGCUUGAACGUUGACGAGCUUUGGAUUCUCGUUGUUGACUCUCGCCAUGUUGUCACCUUCUCGAGCAAUCAGUCUUGGAAAUCUCGUUGGCCCCCCCUACAACUGUCUGCUCGGAUCAUGGAAAUCUCGUUUCGUGGACUUCGUAACGCUUUUCUCAAUUCUUCUACGGAGCAGGAUUAUACGUCAGCGACUCAUAUUAUUACUGCGCUAAGUGGUGCCUUGGGAAUGCUGCACCGAAGCUUCUGGACUGAUAUCACACUUUGUCUCUCGGACCGAUAUGCAAGCUAUCUGGGUCACCUGCAGUACAGGCUUCACAGAAGCCCUAGCACAAAACUUGUCAUGGAUCUGUUGCAAGUUCAAGAAGAGCUCAAUAUCAUUAUUCAGAUCAUGGACCAGCAAAUUGAGCUGGUGACGAAUCUCCAAGAUACUUUAAAACACGGGAGGAAUCGUGGACAAUCUCACAGCUCUACACGCACCUUCCAGCACCGUCCAACCGGAUCCAUCCCGCAUGCAGAUCGGGCAACUUACAGACAACUCUCAUUUUCGCGUCUGUCGGACCCAACAGCCCAACUCCUAGAGAACCUUCAGAGGGAAUACGUCGACCUUUGUGACCUCCGAGAGAACAGCAACUCGUUGAUUAAUCGCACAAUCCAAUUGGUAAAUAUCCGCCUGGAGGAUCACGGGAAGGCGAUAUUGGUCUUUACCAUUGUCACUAUCAUUUUCCUCCCAUUGUCAUUUGUAUCCAGCUUCUUUGGCAUGAAUUUCUCCGAUAUCCGGAACAUGGAAGCAACACAGCGUUUGUUCUGGAUUAUAUCUGGGGCCCUUACAGUUGGUACUGUUGGUUUCGCUAUAUUCCUCGCAUUUUAUGGUGGCGCAAUCGUCGAUUGGUUUGUUUCUUGGAGAGAGAACCGGCACCGUCGCACUAAAGCACCCCCCCCAACUCUUCGCCUUAUUGAGAAGCGCCAAUCCGGAUUUAGGAAUUUCGAAGUUUUAGAUACGAUACAACGACGACAGACAGGAGUGUUCUAAAAACCUCCACAUUGCUAAACUCUAUUUUUAAUUUCCAUUUUCGUAUUCACUUCGAGCGCAUUGAUAAAAUUUCUGCGCUUUCUUCUUCAAGAUCAUCAUUUGCGUCUUCAGUUC